UGGUGAUCACUUCCCUGUAGGUGAGAACUCACGCACACAGAGACAAUUUAUGAUAGUUGAUCUAGUUUAAGUGUGGCCGCUAUUUGUAAAAAUGAGUGCAUGGCACAGGUGCAUGGUAGAUUUAAAAAAUAUUGUGACUGUUAAAAUUUUCUCUAAUAUGACUAAAAUUUACAAUAAAAAAAAACACACACACAUUUAUUUGUAUAAAAACAAUAAUUUACGUUUUUUUCUUUUGUACAAUAAAAUAUUUAGUAGACAUUUAAGAUUAUUAUCAGAAUUUCCUAGUUCUUACUGGCAACAUCGUUAUUUUAUCCGAUGUGACAUUUGUUUUGAAUAAAAACAGUUGUGAGAAUGGUGAGAAAGUUUUACCGGGUUUAUGUUUUGCUCGAUUUCUCUCAAUUUCUUCAUCUUGCAAUCCUCAAGCAGCAGCAAUACGUCGAGUCGAGCAUUUGCGUCUCCUCCGUAUUUCUUCUUUGGGUGAUUCAAGGCUCAUGUAUCACCAUACGGUAUUGGUAUUGUGUUGUGAACUUGUGAGUGACUAGUUUUGUGCCAGUUUUACUGAGACAAUUAGUGAGAAAUAGACUCCUAUAGUUUUUAAGUACCUAAUCUGUGUGUUAUUUACUUCGUUCACCAUGUCUCAUGUGUACCGGAGAUGCUCCAAGUGUGGUGCUAAUCAGGUAUCAAACCCUGAGUUGAGGAUGCACAGGUUCCCGACUCUUGGAAAAAAUAAAGAAAAUGUUUACCAAUUGAUGUCAUGGGCAAUGUUUUGUUACCCAGACAAAGACUGGUUUGACUUGCAAGCUCUAGCCGAUUUGCAAAAAUCUUGUAAGGUUAUUUGCAGUAAGCAUUUUGCAGAUUCUGCUUACACAACACCAGCAAAAAUACGCCUUCAUAAAUCUGCCACUCCAUCCAUAGAUGAAGAAAAUCUUCAUUCACCAAGAGCUGGACCGUCUCAUAGUAAUAUCUGUAAUUUUCUAAGGACUCAGUCCCAUACGGUUAUGUCAGUCACUGAGGAACCAACUGCUGAGAUUAAAACUGAGUCAGUAACUUCAGGGUCUUUUGCGGCCCGAUCCCAAACAGUUACUGAGGAAUUAAGUGCAGAUAUAAAAACUGAAUCAGUACCUUCAGUAUCUUCUUUGCCCCAAUCCCAAAUGGUUGCCGAAGAACCAGCUAAAGAGAUCAAAUCAGAACCCUCAGUAUCAUUUUUGAAAAAAGAAUCUUUGCAGAACAAGGGGAAGCUGUCAGCUUCUGAGAAUAAAGUUUACAACAAAUGUAAACUUAAUGAAGCAAGUUAACAAGCUCAAAACUGCUUUAAAACAGAAGAAAGGGAGUGAUGUUCUGCAAGUUCUGCAUGAUAAUGAAAAUGUCCAAAGACUGUUUGGACACAAAAUCAGCCCAUCAAUGGCGUUAAUGCUCCAGGGCGAUCUUCAAAAUGGGCAAAGAAAGCACCAAGCAAGACGGUGGAACCAAAAGCAAAAGUUUUUGGCUUUGGAGCUCUAUAAAAAAUCUCCUCGGACAUAUAAACUUAUAAGCAGACUAUUUUGCUUGCCAAGUCCAUCAACAUUAAGAAGGCUUUUGGGGAAUUUUGCAUUAAAAGCAGGAAUCAAUAAAAUGUUAUUUGAAAAUAUUAAAAAGUUUUCAAAGAAAAACCCAGAAAGUAAUGUGUGUUUUUUAACAUUUGAUGAAAUGUCUAUCAUGAAAAAUAUAUCUUACAAUUCAAAAUCGGAUGAAAUUAAUGGGUAUCAGGACCACGGACUUCAAGGGAAAUCUAAAGUUUUUGCUUCCCAUGCUUUGGUGUUUAUGCUGGUAUGGAUAAGACGAAGAUGGAAGCAACCUGUUGCAUUUUAUUUGUCUGGUGAUAAUGUCACUGCAGACAGAUUAACUGUCCUUAUU